UUUCUAAGAUUUUCAAAAUAUUGGAUUUCGAUAUUUGUUUUUUUAUGUUCAAGUUUUAAAUAUUUGAAGUAUUUUAUCUCCAGCGAAACCGAGUUUCAUAUCGAUAAAAACUAUUUAAAAUGCCCCUUCAUUGUGUAUACGGAUUUCUUAUUUCAGAAUGUCGAACUAUAUGGGCUUAUUCCGAUCCAUUUUACAUAUGGCCGCUCUCCCCGAGUCACUCUACAGUGGAGAUUGCCGGACACCCAUCUGUUGGAACAGCAAGCUGCAUUUCAAGCGCCAUCGGCCAUCCCGCUCUGGACUACAACGGGCUAGAAUUACGGGGUAGUACAAAUUCAUUCGCGGAAUUCACUUUGGACACGACAGCUUCAAUUGAAGACUUUUCAAUCAUGUUGUUUGUUGUACCUGAAGGGUUCAGUGGCACACUAUUUCAUUACGAAAAACAGAACCUAGCAACCGGAACAAACGAAAUGAGAAAUAUUAUCCUCUCCUACGAAAAUAUGACAUCACAUUUGAUAGCAACCGGCAAUAACGCAAGUGAUAUUCUAAUUUCCAUAUCUUUAGUGACCAACUUUCAACCUGACGGCUGGAUGCCAAUCACAAUUUCUUAUGACUUUAGCGGCAGAGGCCUUGCUAUGUAUGCAGGGGACGCUAAGACAACAGAAGAUACUGAUGAACACAUUCUCUUAGGAUUACCAGGAAAAAUUAGAAUAGGUGGCGUCUCUAAGUUUGGAUACGAUAGCUAUCUCGGAAGAGUAACAUGUCUGCAGUUCUAUGAUGCUAAAACAAAUAAUGGUGAUUUUGACGACGCAUUGAUCAGAUGCACGUCCGCUUCAUGGCCGCCGGAUAUGGGACCACCCUCAGUUUCAUCUUACCCCUCUUGCAAUGCCAUGAGAGGAUAUUUCCAGCUUACUUCGAGAGGAAGAACACCGCCACCAUCAACCGUACCUAUUGCAAGCCUAAACACUACUUCAAAAGUGAAAUGCGCAGAUUGGUGUCUUUUGCCUAACAACGCAUGUGUCUCCUUUGUUAUAGACAAAGUCCACAAAGUCUGCAGUUUGUAUGACGUAGACGAUACUGCACACCUUAUUAUUUCUGGAAGUGGCACGGAUUACUAUGUGUCAAGUACACUUGUCAAUUGCUGUUAAUCUGGCCGGCAACGGAUAGUGACAACAGUUCUCCGGACAUUUAAUUUGUAAACAAUUUCUUGAAUCAAAAAUGUAUAUUAUACUAAAUAGCAAAAGAUGAACGUGCUGCAUAUCUUUAGAAGAAAGUAUAAUUUAGACUAUGAAGACAGGAAAGAAUGAUGAAAUUCAAAAUACAUGUAUAUAUCUUAUUCACACAGCUACAUCAGCACAUAUCAGAACAUUGCCAAUUUUCUACACGAUGAAAACAAUUUUAGCUAUUAGAAUGUACAUUUACACAAGUACAGAUAAAGAACAGACUUUUUUCUAGUGAGUAGUUUCUGCAGUUAGAUAAAAAUUAUUUACUACGAAUAUCAAAACAAAAAUAAACGCGUGGAUAUAUUUCAAAAUGUUUAGGCCUUGGACCCGAAAAGGUGGCACCCAUGUACAGAUUCAUGUUAUAUGUACGUUUAUGUAUCAUGGACAUUUUUGUCAAAAAGCAUGUUAACAUUAUCUGUUAAAAUUACAUAUUGUUAAAAAUCAAAAUGAAGUUGACACACUUGAACAAGAAAUUGUGAAUUGUGAAAAAGGUUUGCUGAAUGUUGCGUAUGUCCUUGAAAUCAAAUUAACUGUUUUGUCCUUGGUAAUGAACAGACUGUCUUUUAAAAAGGGAAUUUCGUGUCUUUUCGACAAUUUGCUAUUUUAUCUUGUCAAUUAUUUGUGUACAGGGUAUUCAUACUUUGUUUCUUGAAUAUGGUCUGGUCUUUAUAUUUACCAGAGACAGUGUGUGC